CCCCCUCCCCCUCCCCUCCCACUCACUCACUCACCCACCUCCCAACAAACCCCAUCCCAUCCCAUCCCAAAAUGUCCACCCGCCGCGGCGUCGGCCUAGGUGCCUUCGCGAACCGCACCCAAGCCAGCCAAUCCUUCGCCAACCACGGCGCGACGCUCCGCUCAACACACACCACAUCCCUCCAGACGCAACUAUCAGUCUUUCAAUCCCUCCUUCACACCUUUGCGCUCGAACACAGCUCCACGAUCAAAUCGAACCCGACCUUCCGCGCCGAAUUCGCGCGAAUGUGCAAUGCGAUCGGGGUGGACCCGCUGGCGGCGAGCAACGUGAAAGGCAAGAAUGCGCGGAAGGGGCUCGGCGAGAUCGGCAGUUUCUGGACACAGAUCAUGGGCGGGGACAUGAACGAUUUCUACUUCGAGGUGGCGGUGCGGGUGGUUGAGCUGUGUCGGGGCACGAGGAGUGAGAAUGGCGGGUUGAUUGGAUUGGAGGAGUGUCGGAGGCGCGUGGGGAAAGGGAAGGCGGUUGGGAGUGGGUUGGAGAUUACGGACGACGACGUCCUCCGCGCCGUGAAAAGUCUCGAACCGCUAGGAUCCGGCUUCUCCAUCGUCCGCGUCGGAAGCAAACAGUAUAUCCGGUCGGUGCCCAAGGAGCUCAACACGGACCAGGCCACCGUGCUCGAGGUGAUCCAGGUGCUGGGGUACGUGAGCAUCUCGAUGCUGCAGGCGAACCUGACGUGGGAGAAGGCGCGCGCGCAGACGGUCAUCGAUGAUUUAGUAGCCGAUGGGUUGGUCUGGGUUGAUGCUCAAGGGGAGGAGAAUGAGUACUGGUCGCCGCAGAAUCUGCUGGAUGAUAGUGGAUGAGCGUGUUCGUGAGCAUGUUCCUUGGGGAACUUUAUUUCGUACAUAUGUCUGUGGCUGUAUGCUGUGACAUGCCGACGACGAUUGAGGACCAGGGCUGAGCCUUGGGUUGAAUUCGCUUUGGCGAUUCUAUCUGGAUACUGGUGAUCCGGACGGGUACGACUGGCCGGGGAUAUAUAUAGCUCAGAGCUCACUCACCCAUGACAUUGCCAUUUAUGUCGAUGCUGGUCAGCACCAUAUACCCAAUUAUAUAUAAUGGACCACGGUGAUAUCUAU